AUGACCCGCGGCGAGACUAUCCAGACCAAGUGCCACUACAAGGGCAACAACGAUGACUUCAUCAUCUUCAUCGACGACGUCGACACUUACAACAAGUGGAAGACGGACAAGAGCAUCCCCAUGGCUCACUUCAUCUCCUCCUUCCGCAUCUUCCUCACCAACAAGCACGGUGCUCAAGGCCAGCUCGACGCGGCGCCCAAGCAUGUCCUGGCCGCCGAGUUCGACACGGAGGACGAGGACGAGGUGAUUAAGAAGAUCCUGGACAAGGGCAGCCUGCAACAGUCCGAGAUGCCGGCGCGUCAAGGACCCAAGAACGACUCGAUGAGCUCCAUGAACGCCAAGUAG